CCGACAACAUGAGUUCGAGAAGUGAGAGUUUCCGAUGAAGUUGAGGUGAUGGCUCCGAUGCUGGAGGGCGAGGAGCUGCCGCGCAAAGCGCGCAAACUCCCCAGCCUCAGUCCAGGCGGGAGCCCAAGGCCGCGUGGCGACCCGCUCGCACGGCUCUUCGGCGCCGCGCCGAGGAGGCCGCACUCCGCUCGAUACGAGGGCGCCUCACCGCCGAGCACGUCCUUCCUGGCAGCAGCCGCAGAGCUCAGGAGGCCGACGUGCGAGAAGGAGAGGAAGCAGUCAGAAGCGAAGGAACCACCUCCGAGCCUCAGCUUGACAACUUGGGCUGUGGACGGGUUCAAAGGCCUGCUGGGGCAAGAGCAUCUUACUGGCAUUUCUCGUCGCCGAUCAGGCCCUGUGACACCUGUGAAGGUCAAGCGGCGUGUCUCAGGUGUUCCAUCUCGACCACGCACCGCGGAGGAUCACCCAUGCCAACUGCCCACUCCUACAGCAAAACCUGCGGCACCUGUGGUCAAUGAAGAUGAAGACCGAGAAGAUUAUUACGACAAGCUCAUCAUUCCUCUUGAAAUUCUGGGCAGGAAAGCCGCUUCUUGGGCCAUGCAGGCACGGAAGAGCCGGAGGUCUGCCGUGAAGCCGAGGCAAUCCAACGCCUUGGGCGGCUCUCGCCGGGGUCGUUGGUUGGAGAGCUUCCAGCAGUUUCGCUUCGAUGGUGAGAUCCACUCUGAUGAUCUACCACGGGCGCUCCUGCGGAGUGGCUUUGAGGAUUGCCGGCCUCAUCUCAUCUCAGUGGUGCUGGCCAAGGUCUCAGAGUACAACUCCCUGGAUGAGGACGAGUUCCUGCACUUCAUGUGCAUGUACGAAGAGCAUUUGCAUGACGACCUGCAGGAACAGUUUCAGCUCUUUGACCUGGCACGCACUGGCCGCGUGGAUCGUGCAGCGCUCGAGGAGCUGCUGGAAGCGCAGGAUCUCCUGGUGCGACGCGCGGUGCUGGACGAGUGCCUGGGCCAGGUCGCCAUCAACCCGAGCAGUGUUUCCUUCACCGAGUACGAGCGGCUUGUGGACAAGCUGCGCAGCGGCCACUGCUUUUUGGAGCGGGAGCUGCAGAACUUCCGCCAUGUCUUCCAGGUCUUCGACAAGGACCGCUCGGGGGGCAUGAGCCUGGCGGAGCUGAGCAGCGCCCUGGCCUGGCUGGGCUUCCCCGCCUCCACGGGCCGUGUGUGCGCUGUCUAUGAGCAGAAUGACUUGGAUGGCAAUGGCGCCUUGAGCGAAUCAGAGUGGCUGCGGUGCCUGCACACUCUCCACAGGGAGGAAGCGGUUGCCAUCAGGGAGCACUUGUCGCAGCUGAAUGAUAGGUGCCGCCGCGGUAGCCAACUGGAGACUUUGCUCAUGGAGCUGGGCUACGCCAUGCCCCCCGACGUCUUGCUGGACGCCCUGCACGCCCACCACAUCUAUCAGGGCACAGCGCGGAACAGCCAGCUCCUGGGGAUGCCCUUGUCGCUCCUGGAGUUCGAUGUGGGCCUCGAAGAGAUCCGCGCCUUGACCUGCACCUUGCGAGCCCGCGACGGCUUUACGGAUGAAGAGAUGGAGCAGAUGAAGCGAGCCUUUCACAUGCAGUCCGGGCGGCAAGAUGAAAUCGCCAGCCCGGCGAUACAGAGAGCUUUGCGUUGGCUUGGGCACUUCUACAGUUUCGACAUGGUGCAACAUCUGGUUUCAGAGCUCGAUGUGGAUGGAGACUGCAUGCUGGAUUUCACGCUCUUUGUCAAGCUCAUCAGAAAAUGCCGUGACACAGAGCGGCGGGCAGCGACGUCGGCGUUCUUCAAGUUCGACACGACCAGCUGCGGGCUGUUGGACCAGCCUGGGCAGUACCAGGCUAUUCGCAGUCUUGGGCUCGACACAGCUCCGAUGCAGGGAGCAAUCACUUUGGCACAGUUCUUGAAGCACGUCCGGAACUUCAAGUUCGACCCUGUGAGGCUGCAGGAGUUGCGCCUCAAUGCGGGCUACGACCAGCACGAGCUCGAGGAGAUCCGAUCUCAGUUUGAGUCCUUCGACAAGGACUGCAGUGGCGAGUUGAAGCGUGCUGAGUUGGUGCAGAUGAUUGAGGCCUUGUUCCCAAGGCAUGCAAAUCUGCCAGAAUUCCGGCCAUACUUCACAGAGCUGCUAAGCUUCGCUGAUGUCAACCAGAACGAUUGCUUGGACUUCAAAGAGUUUGUCCGCUUGAUACGCAAAAUCAGAGAUCAUGGGGAAGAGUACCAGUUCAAGCAGUACAAGCUGUCACUGUCGGAGCUCGGGUUUUCAAACAAGGAGGCUAGCGAAUUCCGCAACCUUUUCCUGGGAGUAGAAGAAAAUGGAAGGUUGCACUUCUCAGAGGUGCGGUCGAUGAUUGCGGGCUGCUUCAGGCUGAACGAGAAGCAGAGUCAGAAGUUGCUCGGUUUCUGCCGUUCUGCUGUGGAGAUCAGCGAGUACGACACCGAAGAGGAGGAGGUGGUGAACUUUUUGGGCUUUUUGCGCAUCAUGCGCCAGGUGCCGUGUCGGGUUUGACGUCGAGACUCUGAGAAACCCGACUGACCAACUCUGCUUGAAGAGGACACCUUUGCGAUGUUGAAGGGAUUGAAUGAGAAACGACAC